GUCAUGAUUCAUUCCAUAAUUCACCUAAUCGACCUAGGUAAACCCUUUUUACCAGGUCCGGAAUAUGGUAGAGAUCAUGGAAGUGUCAUCGAAUGAACCCCUAAAUAUGUCGGCGAUUUUCUAAAUAAUGAACGGUGGGCUUCUGGUUCGUCAUCCUCUGAGAUCGGCUGGACUGGAACCCAUUGAAUACGUUUCGAUGACGGCAAUUCAUGUCACUCUAUGAUGGGUAUAUCGAUUGAUACAAGUAAUAUCAGCCAGACGCGCGCGAUACUUGGCGUUUUAAUCACCAUGGUAAGUUUCUCCGAGGAAGUGAAGCUCGUAAAAUCGAAAUUAUUCUGUUUGUCUGAAUAUCACCAAUGCUGCGACAAUCGCUACGACCAGCCCGGCUCAGAGUAUUGACGGCCCGGUCAGUACCUGCACCGAUAGCUUGUGCAAAGUUAUGGCGUCCGUACUCCGACGAAGCCAAGACCGCCAUUCAGCCAGGCAGUAUUUCGGAAGUGAUCCACCAGGAUCACCGCCAGAUUGAAAAAUAUUACGACAAGAUUGUCAACUCGAGUGAUCAUGAUGUUCAACGUCGGUACCAAAACGCAUUUGUGUGGGAGCUCGCAAGGCAUGCCAUAGCCGAGGAAUUGGUUGUGUAUCCGUCGAUAGAGACAGGUCUCAACGAUGGCAGAGAAAUGGCAGAUAAAGAUCGUGCGGAACAUCAAGUGGCCAAAGAGCAGCUUUACACGUUCCAGAACCUGGAACCCGGAGACAGGCACUUCAUCCCGACGUUAGAGGCACUCAUGAAAGAUCUAAAGAUGCAUAUCAAGGAGGAAGAAGAACACGACCUCGUCAAGUUAGAAGCAGCGCUAGUUCCAUCAAGAUCGAGGAAAUUAGCCGAGCAAUUCGAGAUGACGAAGGCGUUCACGCCCACCCGCAGUCAUCCGGGCGCUCCAAAUAAGCCUCCAUUCGAGACAGCGGUGGGGCUCCUGACAGCGCCACUGGACAAGAUUCGCGAUAUCUUCCGUUCUUGGCCCGAGGAGUACAGCGCGAGGCCGCCUUCCGGUGGUCCCUCAAGAUGAGGGUAAGUGGCUGUCGGAGUACCAAUCAACAACACGAAAAACUUGGCAAAAUGAUCGGUGUAUAUACUAUUCAAAAACGCUCGAUCCUGGUUCAACAAGCCCACAUUCUUUGGACCAAACAGAGAUAAUUCGGUAUCGCGUGGGUCGUUUCUUCAGCCCUACACGUAGCACGUCAAAUUAGAGCUGCCCUACACAACAUACCUAUAUAUUACGUUUAAAAAUAGGUUUCUAGCAUCAGACCUCGUAUUCCAUGUGCAAGUCCCUAUCGAGACAUAAUGUGGAAUGACUGGC